AGCAGCUGAAAAGAAGACUAUUACAGAGAAGCACCUUGAAUUGUUUGCUAGUCCCAAAAAAGAAACUACCACAUCUAAGAGUGCCAGUGGGCUUACAGAUAUAACUUGGAGCUCCAGUGGAAGUGAUCAGUCAGAUGAAGAUGAACUGCAGUUUGUUGACUGGGAGAGGGACAGUGACAGGGAAGAUAGGGACAGUGACAGGGAAGAUACUAACGAUGAGAAUGAAUUUGAAGACAGUGAGAGUGCUGUGGAAAUAUCAGACUGUGCUUCUUGUGCAAGCAGUCAUUCUUUGACAAGUGAAGACAGAGUAUCUGAGCUUCCUAAGACAAGUUCUACAGAAAUUUUGGAGUAUUCAUCAGAUAGUGAAAGCAAAGAUAACUCAGAGAAUGGCUUCUUCAAUGAGUCCGAAUCCUCUCGCAAACACCCCGUGGAGUUUGGAUCAGAUGGAGAAAAAGUCAUGGAGAGACGGGUAAUCCCAAGGGUGAAACCUACAGACAGCAUUUUGUACACCCCCCAGAAACAGAUGAAGUUGCCUAGGACUCCUGAAAAAUCAGCAAAUAAGAAGCAGCUUUCAAGGAAAGAUCGCCAAGGGACAACUUUAUUUUUCCUUUUGUUUUUUCUUUCCCUUCCAGGUAGCAGAUCUGGUGUAUUAACUGUGAAAAUUCUAGAGCUGCAUGAAGAAUGCACCAUCCACGUCGCCAUGUGUGAGCAGUUAGUGGGACUGCAGGCUGGCGGCUCUUCUCAAGCUGAAGCCCCUGGGCCUGGCCUGAAGGUUCUCUUCACCAAGGAGACUGCACACCAUCUCAGGGGGCAGCCCCAAGACAUCAUCCACAUCUACCCUCCCUGGCAAAAGCUUAUUAUCCCAAAUGGAAGUUGCCCUGUUAUUCUGAAUACUUAUUUCUGUAAGAAAGUUGUUGCCAAAGAAGAUUCAAGAACAACACAUGAAGUGCGCUUUGGGGACACACCCCUUCCAAGAAGAAACAUCACCUUAUCCCAGAUGUUUAGAUUUAAGAGUCUAACAAAUAAUUCACCUGAAAGCAAGGUUCUGUGCAGUCUCCCCACCCUGAGGACAGACUGGACCCACAGGCCCUGCUCAUCUCAAGCGCCCCUGAGCGACUCGCUCCUGGACACAGUCGAAAGCCAAGGAGCUGCCACGUGGUCGGGAGUUGGAGUCCCAGUGGUGGUGCAGAGAGUUUACUUUCUUCCCUGCAGGUGUCAGCAGGGAGGCGGCCCCGCCGCUCCACCCAGCUCAGACGCCCCAAGCUUCCGAGUCUGCCUCCUCGUGCAGGAUGCCUACGGAAUGUUCGGCGAAGUGCACUCAGAGGGCGCCAUCUUUAAGGACAGACGGUUGGAGGGGCAGUCCUGCCGCCUGGCGGGCAUGAAGGUGCUGCAGAAGGCUAUCCGAGGAAGGACAGCAGGGCUCUUCAGUUUGAUUGACACUCUGUGGCCUCCAGUGGUGCCUCUAAAAGCACCUGGCCACGGCCAGGCCUGUGAAGAGGCAAACACUCCUCUGCCUCCUCGCUUCUGUUAUGUCCUCACUGCUCACCCCACACUGGGACAGAUUGAUAUCAUUGAAGACCCUGUUUCUAAGCUUUACCAGCCCCCAGCUCCUUGCUCCCUACGAGAAAUUCUCCAGACUGGUGAUCUUGGUACCCGUUGCAGUUUCUAUGCCAGAGUGAUUUAUCAAAGACCAUUGCUAAGCAGUUUGCUUCUUCUGGAGCAAAGGGAGAUCUGGCUGACGGUGACCGACGUCACCCUGCAAGUGCAGGACGAAAAUCACUCUGGCUUCCCCAGAACCCUGCCGGUCUGCGUGACCUCCUCGUGUGUGCUGGCCCAGGAGGUCCUGGAAGAACUCGCCAAGGCUGCCCCCCACAGCUUCUUCUUCAGAGACGCUCUCCGAGACCAGGGUCGGAUUGUCUGUGGUGAGCGCACUGUCCUCUCGCUUCCAAAGCCCGUUCUGGAUGUGGCCUCGGGCACUCGCUCCUGUGAGCUGCCGGGCCCUGUGAGGCUCGAUGGCCUGGAUUCCGUCACUCAGGUCAACUGCAUCUGCAGCGUUCAAGGCACUGUGGUCGCUGUGGACGAGAGCACGGCCUUCUCCUGGCCUGUGUGUGACCGGUGUGGCAGCGAGAGAUUGGAACAGAGCCCAGAAGACAGCGACAGAGGCGCCUUUUCCUGUGCGGACUGCUCCCGCGUGGUCACCUCUCCUGUCCUCCGACGGCACCUGCAGGUCUUCCUGGCCUGCCCCGCGCGGCCCCAGUGCACAGUGAGGGUCAAGCUGAUGCAGAGCAGUAUCUCCUCGCUCCUGAGGUUCGCCGCCGGUGAGGACGGGGGUUAUGAAGUGAACAGCGUCAUCGGAAAGGAGGUGGGGUGGCUAAAUUGUUUUGUCCAGUCCAUAACCACCCACCGGACCAGCUGCCUGGGAUUGGAGGAAAUCGAGCUUCUGCGUGCAGAAAGGGCCUCUUCAGGCACCACUGGUUCUCCCGGGCGUCGGUGAAGGCCGGUGUGGCUGCCAGGGUGCUGCUGGUGGUUUGGUCGCUGUUAACUAUGGGCAAAGUGAAUGUACUUUAUGAUCUUGAAAUGGAACUUACAAUUUUUCUGGGGCACAUGACAAUAAAAUGGUUUUGUAAACUAUAAAUCAAAGUACUUUUUUUUCUACUAUGUAUUUUUAUUACCUUCCUGCAAACUUAGGGACGUAACUGUUAAUAAAGCUUAUGUAAGCUUGA